UGUAGCUAGAUAGAUAUUUUAUUUAUUUCAUAAAAUUUAUACACUGCUUGAUUGUAGAAAAAACCAAGUGGAUACUAUUAAAUACAGAUAUACACACCAAUUAACUUUCUCAGCUUUAGAUGAAGGAAAAUACAUCACAUUUCCCCGCAGAGGCCUAUAAUGCUUCUGUAUCCAAAGCAGCUUUUGGAGUCCACCCAUUCGCACGCCACUUCACUUGCUGGUGGACUUCCCACGGGCGCGCUUUUGCCCGCAGAGAACACGCUGGAGCGAGUCUUCCGUCUGGCCGGCAGGGCUCUUGCGAGGCGGCCUUCGAGUUCCGCGGGGCGGGGUUUCAGGGCCGGACCCCCCCCCCGGGCCUCUCCCUAGCGGGGCCUCGAGCUCUGCGGCGGCUGCUUGCGGGAGGCAGGCGGGAUGCCGAGGUGGGCCCGCCCGCCAGGGAGGGAGGGAGCCUGGUUCGCGGCGCCCGCUUCGCCUCGGCCUCGCUCCCCGCGGAACUCCGCGCCCGGAGGGAGCCGCGCGACGCUCAAGCCCCGCCCGCAGAGGCGGCCCUCGAGUGGCGAGCGGGUUGGGCGGCUCCUGUCUUCCCGCGAGAAUUCGCUGGGGCGAAGGGAGGGAGCCUCGCGGCGCCACGCGCUUGCGCAGUCCCGGAGCUCUUUCUGCGCGUGCGCGCCCGGCCUGAGGCGGGAGGCGGGCGGUGGCGAGGCUGACGGCGGCCGCUCCCCUAUGAAGCAGGAAGCGCGCGCCAGGAGCGCCAGCCGUUGGGCGUCCGGGGGAAGAGGGAUGUCGGCCGCCGCCGCCGCGUGCGCUCUGUCCCGGAAAAGGCAGCUGCAUCCGGCGGGGAAGGCGAUGCGCAGGGGGGGCCGGCGGAGCGGGCCCGGCGGAGAGGCCGAGGAGGCGCAGCGGGGCGGGGAAGCGGCGCUGGGCGGCGAGGGGCAGCAGGCUCCGCCGCUUCAGACACAGCCGGCGGCGGAGGGCGGAAAGGAGGCGGCGGCGGAGGAGGAGUUGGAGAGGGAGCACUUCCGCAGAAUCAUCAACGCCUUCCGUUACUACGGGUAACCGGCUCCCCCCCCCCCCCGGCUGGGCCUCUGGCUCUCGAGUAGCGCCCGCCGGAUCCACUGGCUGCCCACUAAGCGCGCCAGAGGGCGGUGGCGCCGCCGCCAUCCCAUAGUACCAGGGGGGUUGCUCCUCGCCAGGAACCUGAGAGCUGCUUCAGGAUGGAGGAGCAGCAGAGAACUUGCUGCAGCUUCUCCAAACUAAAGUUGCCACGAGUGUUUGAGGGGAAGUCGUGAUGCUUAACCCGGGAUAAAGUGGGAGCAGGGUAAAUAAAGCAGUUAGUUCUGGUUAUUAGAGGCAGAUUGGCAAGCACCCUUGUGAGAUAAUAGGAAUAUAAUUCAGCACAGCUAAUUAACAAUAGGAUCAAACUAUCUUCAGUAGAGGCGCUUGCGAUUUGACUUGUGCACCAAAAAGCUUGAACCCUUGAAUUAAAGUACCUGCCUUAUUGUUUGGGCCAUGCUAACAGUAAAUACUUGUGUGGGACUGCUUGCUUGCAUCCACACGUUUCAGACAUCAGACUGGGAGGAUGCAUCCACACAAAAAUAAGUGUAGCUUUUCCAAAACUUGCUACAUAAACACCUAAUAGGAUUCUAAUGAAUACAAAUAUGUUUCUUUGUCUUACAGAUUAAAUAGUGCUUUUGGUUCUGUUUGGCCUCUCAGUAUUCAGUACCUUGGUAGUUCCUGUCAUUCAUUGGGUGGUGCUGGGCAACUCCUAUUUGAUAUCUUGGCCUUGGCAAUUGGUGUCUCUCAAGCAUAUGAAACAAAAAAGGUUAAACCAACAGUACGUGGCAACCCAUAACAAUUCCAUAAUAAUUAUUGGGAGAGCACCAAAGUAAGACCUUCAGUUUUCCAUGGCUAGGGUAAAGAGGUGCAUCCUCAGCCAAUGAUGGAGGCUUUAAAGAGAUGGUGCUGUGUGUGCCACAUUUUUUGGGGGGGGGUAACUAAUAAGAAAGCUGUCACAAGCUGCAACUCCUGUGAACUUAUGAGAGUAGUGGAAUAUUUUUUUUAUAUAAUAUUUUAUUUGUUUCCACAAAAAAACAAAAUCAUUACAUUAAAGCCCACCAUAAAAUAAAACAUUUAUAACUACUAUAUACUCAAUCAAUAUUAAAUCCACUUUGUGGGAUUACUUGAAUCCUCCAACUUCCCUCUACUCCUUCCCUUGGUUCCUUUGUAUUAUCUUCAUUCAUGCAUGUCUAGAACAUCUUUAUCUCUUAGUUACCUCCAAAUUUAAACAUUGUCUAUCACAUUACAAGUGUUUUUUUAAAAAAUCCUGCUAAUGUAUUAACUUGCAUACAUUGCUUAUGCAAUAAACAUUUCCCAUUCUUUUUUAUAUUUGUUGUCAUCUUGAUUUCCAAGUUUCCCAGUUAAUUUCGUCAUUUCCGCAUACUCCUUUAACUGAGUUUGCCAAUCUUCCUUGGUAGGGACUUCUUCUUCCUUCCCGUGUUAAGCUAGCAAUAUCUGAGAUGCCGUUGUCGCAUACAUGAACAAAUUAUUGGAUUCUUUAGGUAGAUCCAUUACUGGAAUACCUAAUAAGAAAGCUUCUGGUUUUUAAACAAAAGUUACUUUAAACAUUUUUUUCAAUUCAUUAUAUAUCAUUUCCCAAAUUUUUAAAAUAACCUUACAAUGCCACCACCAUAUGGUAAAAUGUACCUUCUGCUUCUUUACAUUUCCAACACUUACUUUACCUUGUUUUAUACAAUUUAACCAAUUUAGCCAGUGUUAAAUACCACCUAUACAUCAUUUUCAUAUGGCUCUCUUUAAGUAAGGUACAGGCCUUAAAUUUUAUAUCAUUCUUCCAUGUCUUUCCCAAUCUGUCAUCUGCAGAUUAUGUCCCACAUCUUUUGCCCACUUUAUCAUAACACACUUGACCUCUUCGUUCUUAGUUUCUUAUUGCAACAACAUAUUGCAUAUUUUUGAUAAUAAUUUAAUACCACUUUCUAUUAUUUCUCUGGAAAUUUGAAAUUUCAUAGGUGAAUCCUUUCUUUUUAUCAUGUUUUAAUUCUUCAUUUACAGUGGACACUCUGGAUACGAACUUAAUUCAUUCUGGUGGUCCAUGUGCAACCCGAAAAGUCAGCAACAAGAGGUGCCGCUUUUGUGCACGCAUGUGAUAGAGCACUUCUGCGCAUGCUCAGAAGCGGCACCUCUUGUUGCCGACUUUUCGUGUUGCGCACGGACCACCAGAACGAGCGCUUCUGUGCAUGUGAGCGUGGCGAACGUGUUUGCUGCAUUUGCAACCCGAAAGUUACGUUACCCAAAGGUAACGUAACCUGAGGUACCACUGUAAUUGGAAAUAUUGUAGCCAGUCUGUUACCUUUCCUUUUUUUUCUAUGUAGGACUUUAUUAUAAUAUGAUUUACAAACAGUUGGGGUUCUUUGUGUGAAAAUCCUUCACAGAAUGAUAAACCAAUAAUUUUGUCUCUCUAGAAAGGAAGCGGGAUAAACUGCUUGCCAGAACAGCUUUUCUUCUUUACCUUUGGAUGAACCUCACUUUCUGAUUUCAACUUAAGUUCCUAGUCAUUUAGGGCUUGAUAUGCUAACAGACUCUUGAAUUGGGCCCAGUAGCUUACUGGCAGCCAGUGGAGUGUUGGUGUUUGCCACCCUUGGCUUAUUUUAGGUUUCAGGAGCUGUAACAUCUUAUGGUAAGAUUGAGAACCACUUCACAUAUCAAUAAAAUGGGGACUAGGAUGCGCCAGUGCCAUGUAUUAGCUUGUUAGAGUGACUCUUCUCUUUUUAAAAUUUUGUAUCCCGUUCAUGCACACGCAGAAAUCAUUGUAUAGACACACACACACACAAAAACAAAACAAAAACAAAAACUGUACUGGGCUAGCAUAUGUCUGCAGUCAAAGCUUUUUAUAGCUGUAUAUAUUAUAUUAUAUUAUAUUAUAUUAUAUUAUAUUAUAUUAUAUUAUAUUGUAUUAUAUAUGUGUGUAUUUGUAUAACGAUCACUGCACUUGACUAAUACUCAACAUACUUAACUCCCAACAAUUUCAAAGAAAUAAGGAAUAUAGUUAAAUCAUCCACUUCAAUCCAUAGGACCUUAACAGGGCAGUGCUUUAUUGGGAGACUCUUAGGUGUAGAAAAAGCCAGAGGGCAAAUCAUGGGAACAGGAGAGCUUUGGAGCCAGUUUCCCUAAUAUGACCCCAGGACACUCCCUCCCAUUACACAAGAUGGUUCAGUGCCUGCAGUAGAGAAAUUUGGAGGGUGGACCUCUGAAACUCCACUCUGUUCUGUCUCCUGGGAUGCCCUUCCAAGAACAGGACUACAUUCUGAAUUAGAUAGUUUUGAUUUAAUUGUUGCUGCAUAUGUUUGCUUUGGUUGCAUGGUUGGAUGUACAGAACUCAUGUAUUUCUUAUACAAGUAACCAUAUAAAUGUAGAAUUAAAAAUGGUCCCAAAGUAGGAAUCCUCAGUGGGUUUACAAUACUGAUAUAGAAUUUCAGUUUAAUUUUGUUUAUAUUUGUUUCUGAUGUUCAUUUUGUUUUUGUUUUUAAAUUCUAGAAUUAAUAUGCAUGAAAGAGUCAAUCGUGCAGAAAGACAGUUCAGAUCCCUUCCAGCCAUUCAACAGAAAUUUCUUCCUCAAUUCCUUCCUCAUCUUGACAAGAUUCGGAAAUGUAUUGACCAUAAUCAAGGAAUCUUGCAGACAGUUGUGAAUGACUGCACACAUAUGUUUGAAAAUAAAGAAUACGGUGAUGAUGUAUGUAUACAUUGUACUUCAAUACCAACUGUUUGCUAUUUCCCCUCUUUUAUCAGUUUUAUUUAUUUUCUCAUCAUAAAUGUCUGUUUUCUUUUCUAUAAUUAAUGUAUGUUUUAUAGAGGGAUGGGGAACCUGUAGCCUUCCAUAUCUUGUUGGACUCUUUAACUUCUGUCAUUCUCAGCUAGCAUGUUCAAUGGCAAGAAAUAAUGUUAGAAACUCAGAUGUAUAAUCUAAUCGCCAAAUGGCACCUCAGACCUAGAUUAUGGUUGCUGCAAUGGAAUGUCUAGGUGCCAUUUUUUUAAAACAAUGAAGUUUAUUGAUGUUGUUGCUAAUGUCAUUUCUGUACCGCUUUAGAUUUUAAAUAACAAAUCUCAAAGCAGUUGACAACACAUUAAAACAUCAAAUGAAACCAGAAUAAAACAAAUUCAAGCUUCAAGUAAAAUAUCUCAGAUCCUUCUCUAAGAGACAUUUUGCUUUCCCCAGUUGCCAACCUGGCAUCCAGAGAUCUCCAUGAGGUUGCAAUUGGACUUCCACCAGUUGCAUGACGCACCUGUCUAGUUUCUAACACUGGUAAGAAAUUAUGCGAAUUGGAGUCCAACAAAAUCAGGAGGGCCACAGGUCCUCUUUCCCUAUUAUGCUGGGUUAAUCAGUUAUGAAUAUUAUUCUUGUUCCUUGAUACAUAUUAAAUCAUUUGAUUAGACCACUUGAUGGUUGUGUCUAGCGUUAGUUACAAUAUUUUUACAGUUGAAUAAGCAUAAAAUUUCAAUCUUUGUAAGUUAACUAUUGUUGCACAUUUAUUCUAUCAUUUGGGCUGUAUCACUUACCUCAUAAUUCAUUUUAAAUGCUUCUUUUCCUUGCAGAACUUUUCUUUGAUUUCACAGACUACAUAUAAUUUUAAAUGGCUCAAGUUCAAACUUCUCAGUGUGGAAGCCCUCACUGAGAUAAAAUAUUCAGUUUCCAUGCUAGCUUAGCCUUCCACAAGCAUUACUAGUCCAUAUAUAGUUUCCUCAGGCCAAUUUGCCCAUACUUCUCUGUUCUCAACCAAUUUAGAAAGGCCUCUGCUUGUUUGCCUAGAACAGAUUCUUACUUGCCGUAUUGUAGUGAAGUAAGGGGCUAUUUGUGUCUAUGUUUACCCCCACAUCUUUCCUAUUUUACUUAAUAACUGUCCUGCUUUCUGUAAAGAGGUAUAUUCAGAGAAUGGUAUGCUAAGGGUAGAUGUGAUGUUUUCACGCUUGCUUCAUUUAUGAUUCAGUUAUGCAUAUAGAUGAGUCUCAGCCUGGAGGUGAGAAGGAAAAGGCAUAUCAACUAACUGCCCAACAGUGUAGCAUUGUGAAUAACAAUUAUUGAUUUUCUGGUUUUACACUUUUCUUAGGAAAAUGGAAAAAUUACACCAGCUUCAACUUUUGAUAUGGAUAAAUUAAAGUCUACCUUGAAGCAAUUUGUAAGAGACUGGAGUGAAACUGGGAAACCGGAGAGAGAUUCCUGCUAUCAGCCAAUCAUUAAUGAAAUUGUAAAGAACUUUCCAAAAGACAGAUGGUAAAUCAUUUUUUAAAGAUGUAUUUGAAAGGAAGGUAUGCACAAGAAUGCAUUUGUUGCCAAUGAUCUUUAAACUGGAAAAAAACUAUAAAAUACUAUUAGAAUUGAUCUUUGAAAAUGUCCAAGUUAGCUGCACAAGGAGAAGUUAUAAUAAACUUCACACCUUACUAAUAUGAUUUUGCUCAAAAUGUUAAGGUUCAGCAGUUCAAAAUUAUGGCUGCACAGACAACACUCCAAUUAGGUUGGAUUAGCACCAAGAAAACCUAAUGCAUACUAUUUAUAUUUUAUCAUGUGGAAGACCAUGUUAGAUAUAAAAGUCUGAUUUGGCUAAUAUUUUGAUGUAGGGUUCUACAAUCAGAAGGACUUAAUGGCUAUCUAAUUUAGUCCUCUUUUCUAAAAUAGAAUAAGUACAGUGUACCACAAGUGGAGAACAGAUACACUAUUAGAAGAUAUUUAUAUCAUUAGUAUCUAAAUAAGUAUUGCAGGAGAUGAAGCUACACAUUGGAGGAGAAGCUGAAAGCUAUUCUUAAAGCAAAAUAGGAGAAUAAUUAAAGAAACACUAUAAUUCACAUAAUAAUUUUUAUUUUUUGCUCUUUAUUUCCAUAAAUGUGAGGUCUGAUUACACUGGUUAUAAAUAGCUAGCAAUAUUAUAGCAUUGGUUUCCUUACAGAAUCAAAAUGGCAUUUCAGUCAUGAUUCAGAGUGCCUCUUCUAAGUUGUCACUUGGCUCUGUUGACAGAAUUCCAAUUACAACAAUGGUGGGCUAGUCCGAAAUAACCAGCCAUCUCCAAUCUCACUUUUAACUUAGCUUGCAGUCAGUGUUGCUGCAUUACCUAACAAACAAGAGUUUUAAAGAAGAUAAACGCUCAAAAGCUCAUUCAAAAUAUAACAUGAAUACCCUUCCCUUGUUAGAUUCAAGGCAUUCAAGAAUGUCUUCAAUUGUAGAAAAAUAUACGGUAAGUUUUUAUACAUCUAAAUAAAAAGGUGUUUUGCUUUGUUCUAAAUAAUCGCAUUCUCCCCCAGCUUAGUUGAAAAUGGAAUGUUUCCAAAUAUUUGGUAAUUUAAGUUGUGUAGAAAUGCUUAUAGAUGAAGAUCAGCAUGGUGCAUUUUCUGUCUUCCUACAAUGUACUCUUUUUGUUGUUCUUGUGGUUCUACUUUAUAAAUUUAAUGAAAUUUGACCUUUGUGGCCUACACUAAUGUUCUGUUAAAACUGUUUGUAGACAGUUAAUAGUAAAUCUAUAGUAAAUAGUUUUGCAAAUAAUGUAACUUAUUUAUAUUAUACUGGUAAAUAAGCUGGAUUGAAAGUGGAAAUACGUUUAAGGCUUCUUUUUUUGAAACUCUUGAAUUACAAGCUGAAAUUAGAAAAGUUGAUGUAGAUGUUUUAUACAAAACAGUCCUGUUCAUGUUUGCCUAAGUAAGACGCAUGGUCUUCAGUGGGACUUAUUAUCUAGUAUGUGUGUUUAGGAUAGCAUCCUUAAAACAUCCUUUGAUCUGCACUUACAAGUAAAAUUGUAGAUAAUUAAAUACUGUAAUUUUUUAAUGCAUAGAAUAUGAGCUGCUCACAAACCCUUUUCUUUCUAGUUCAAAUGGAAAGUAUUUUUUAUUUUCUAAAAGAAAACAAAUCGUGCACAACAAACUUCAUAAUUAACUUCUGGACAUUUUCAGUUGCUUUCAGUGAACUGAAAGUUAACAUGUAAAUAGAAGUUUGUUGAAGCUCUUAAAUUACCUACAACUCCUACUUCAUUGUGGCUGCUGCAAAAGUCACCCACCUUUAUGGAAUGUCUUGUAGAGGAGGGCAGAUAUGUAGUGAUCUUUCUUAGGUAUUUUUAGAAUCCUUGUUUUAACUGAAUUAAACUUGCUGCUCCUUUUUAUUUCUCAGUUAUAAAAUUGUGUAUCUUUCUGCUUCUUAGAUUUGGUUUUGCACCCUUGUGAAUUUACCAGCACACUUAAUUACUUUAGUAGGUACUGUGUAGAACUUCUAGUCGGAAAAUUUAUAUUUGAUAGAAUGAAUUAUGAUUGGAAUUAUGAUUGUAUUAGAAACUACUUUUAAUGGCAAAUAAUUGAACAAUACAUUAUACAUUGAAAAGUCCUAUUUUUUCCUUUUUAGCUUGGGGUGUAUCCAAUUUUUUUAUUUUUUUGCUAAUGGAAAGCACUUCCACUUGUUCAAGGCAAGGGCAACUUUUUCUGAUCACCCCAUUCACUACUGUUCAGUGACACCCCCCCCCCACAAAAUAGGUCCUGAUGGUUGGGGGAAUCCUCGAAAACAGUAUGGGAUAUGGUGCAGAGGACUGCAGUCAGUACAGAAGGUUUGAGAAAAUGAGAUGUCCUGACUUGCACAAGUGGAGGCGCUUUCUGCUACUGCAAAGCUAUAACUGGACAUAAUCUAUUGGGCACAGUUACAUAUCAUAGGAGGUUACGGUUAUACAGUACCAUGAAAGUACAGAUUGUUCCUUCUUUGCUCCUCCUUGCUAAUAAUAAGCUGGAGCAGCAAACCAGAGCACAUGACUUAGUGUUAUGUCUGAACAAGGAACCAUGGUAAUUUUGCUCCAGACAAACCAUACUCUUUGUUCUUGGCUUCCUGGCAUAACACUAAGUCAGGGAUUGUGGUUUGUUGCUCCCACUCACUAGUGAGAAAGGAGCAAAGGGGAGACAAUCUGCCUUUCAACAUUAACCACUGCUUAUGCUAUGAUGCAUGAAUGCAGCCACUGUAUUUUAGCAUUCUAAAGCAGGUGCAUAUGCAUCUUAAAGUGUUUGGCUAGCGUAAGCAAGUAUUAAAAGAAAAAAGAUUACAGGACUGUUGAAAAGUAUUCUGAUUAAACAAGUAAUUUUUCGUAACUAGAGUAGAAUUAAACGUUCCAUCACCACAAGAAUUUCUCCUUAUGUAACAGAACAGUCUCCCCUUUUCUCUCCUUCUGUGCCUCCUAAGUCUGUUCUAGGAUUUCUCUCAAUCCUCUGGAGCACAUUUAGAGAUGGCGUGGGUCGUGGGGAGUCCUGUUACACAAGUGGAAGUUAUUUAGUUGAAUAUGUGUUAGAAACUGAGAUGUGAAAGCUAGGAGCUAAAUGGCACCUUAAACCUAGGUUAUGGGCGCCACAACAGAAUGUCUAAGCACACUUUUUUAAUAACAAAAAUAAAUACAAAGCUGAAAAUGAAGUAAGGUAAAGGUAAAGGUACCCCUGCCCAUACGGGCCAGUUGUGUCCGACUCUAGGGUUACACGCUCAUCUCAUUUAAGAGGCCGGGAGCCAGCACUGUCGGAAGACACUUCCGGGUCACGUGGCCAGCGUGACGAAGCUGCUCUGGCGAGCCAGCACCAGCGCAGCACACGGAAACGCCGUUUACCUUCCCGCUAUAAAGCAGUACCUAUUUAUCUACUUGCACUUGGGGGUGCUUUCGAACUGCUAGGUGGGCAGGAGCUGGGACCAAAAGACAGGAGCUCACCCCGCCGCGGGGAUUCGAACCGCCGACCAUACGAUCGGCAAGUCCUAGGCACUGAGGUUUUACCCACAGCGCCACCCGCGUCCCAUUAAAAUGAAGUAACAGCAGCUAAAAUCUUAUGUUCGUUUUUCACAUGGUCUAGUCCUCAUCCGAUGACUGUAGAUGUCCCCUGCCCAUCCCCCUAAUAUUCUUAAGAGGGUCUCUUCUCCAGUCUUCAGAGAGUGGCUGGAAGUGGGGAGGCAGGAAAAGGUCCUCAUUUCCUUCCACUCUGCAGACAAGGUCUGGAUUCUCCCUACACCCGCUUUCCUUCAUAUAAAUAUAUCUUUUGGUGCAACAAUUAACACAUAUUACAGGCCUAUACAGGCCUAUACAACUGAUGGCAGAGACACCCACCUUGAGUGUCCAGUUCACAAAUCUAAGACUUCAGUGUCUUUCAAUAAUCCCACUCCAAAAUUUGUUUCGAUUUUAUUCAUCCCUGAGAGAGUCUGAGGUAGAUAACACUUUAACAUGCACUACUUAAACCAAACCUAUUUAAGCCAAUCUGAGGUCACAGAGUGCAAAACACUCCCUUUCUGUAAGGGCAGCUGAGAGGUGGAACCUAUCAACUUGCCUGACACUGCAGCAAUCUCUAGGAAGUCCAGCGGGGAGGAAUUUCUCCUCCCCUGCCCUCAGUGUCAGCAGUGGCAGUUUUAAUCUGAUAUCUUAGGCACAGUGCUGCCCCCAGAGUUCAGAAACUGCUUGCUCUAAUGAAAUUCCCUGUCGCAAAAGGUGCCUAGAACAAUGGGAGUUUCAAACGCUGAAUACAUCCCACAAUUUUGAAAUACCAAUGUGACAAAAGCAAAUUUGUUCAGCUAUUUCUUGGCAGAAUGUUUUCCUUCAACCAUUCUUUUUCCAAAUCAUAACAUUCUCUGAACAAACCAAAAUAUAUUACCAAAUCCAAAUUCUUAGGUUUCAGGCAGUAUUUGUAGUCUGAAAUAAGUAGCUUAUCUGUUUCUGCCUUUUUGGGUGUUGCUGUUGAAUUAAUUGAUGCGACUUCUACUACCUUUUGAUUUGUUUGUAAUUUUCAGGAAAUUGAAAAUAAUAGAUUGGAGCUAUAUAAGUUUAUUAUUCAGCUAAGAUAAAUCUUAAAGUCACACAUUGACUUUGAGUGUAAAGAGUUCUGUACACCAGUUGGCUUCCUUUCACUGAAAUAUAUGAGCCAGUUGUUCAAGAUUGGAGAGCUCCCUGUGUGCUGAAGCUGGAAACAGCUGCACCUGAAUCAGAUUGCUUUACAUAAUCCUGAAGAAGAGUUAAUAAUUAUAAGUUCUUCUUGUGUCCUGAAAAUCAGUCAUGCAACUGAUGGGUCCAUAGCUAAUUUCAAUAUAAACAUUUUCAAACACCUUUGCCAGUGUUUUGUUCUGUUCUAAUUUUUCCCACAUGUUAAACAUAAUUAGUAGCAUCUGCAUUUGGGCAUUAUGGGGCUGUUUUAUGAUGUAAAAUACAAUAACUGUCUCAGAUUUAUUUCACUGUUAGAUGUUGCAGUCACCCCCACCCCCCGUACAAUGAAGUAAGAGAGUUGCAUUACAAGGAGGAACUUGGUUGACUUAUUAAAUCUGAAAUACAGUUUGGGAUAGUUCAACAAAGAAAAUAUGCUGGAAGCCUAUGUUUGCCUUAGGACAGGGAAAGCUGACAUGGUCCUCCCUAGAUGUUGCUGAAUUCCAGUCACUAUCAGCACCAGCCAGGAUGGCCAGUGGUUAGGAAUGAUGGAGAUGCAGUCCUGCAACAUUUUGGGGACACCAUGUUGGCUGCAGGUAACUUAGAACAUGCUUCCAAAGACAAUAAUCAAAUGUUUAAACUACUUUCAGGACUUUGGGAUACAGGUAAAGUAUUUGUGUUUGCAACAGAUUAGCAAAUUUGUAUUGUUAAGACUUGCAACUGAAUAAGAUUUGUCUUGGUGGUUUAGAGAAUGAGAAUGAUUAUUUGAGAAGUCAUCCAUCAGAGCUAAUUGUGUAGGUAAAAUCCAAACAGCAGCAGUAAAAAUACAUUUACUGUAAUCAGCUGAAAGUCAUAAUGUAGUGACAAAGGUCCCACUACACUUUAGUAUAGCCUUACUGAACCGGGUACUGUGUAGAUGUUUUGGACUACAAUUCCCAUCACUCCAGCCAGCGCAGCCCUAUAAUGCUGGGGCUGCUGAGAGUUUAUAGUUGUAGUCCAAAACCUCUGGAGGGCAAGAAGUUGCUGAAGGCUGCUUUACUACAUUCUGUGAUCAAAGAAACAAUGGCUUCUCCCCCUUUUGAAAAUGAAGCCAGUAGUCAGAACAUUCAGGUCCUUUGUGGGACAGAGAACAGAAAGCAAGCAAGCAUUGAAAUUCACGUAGGAGGAGAUCUGGAUAUACUAGGUAAAUAUAAACCAAAUUUAAUAUUAUUUAUCUGCUAAAUAAUGUGCUAAUUUGGGAAACAGCACAAAUUAUCCAUAUAAAUGUGAUCAAACACCUGCAAUAUGUAAAAACCCUUGACAGGGCUAUUCAGUCUAUCAAAUAUAUUUAUUAAAGGAUUAACCAUUAUUUUUGUUGUGUUACAGGGAUCUCUCCAAAGUUAAUAUCCUGGUACCUGGUGCUGGGCUAGGUAGAUUGGCCUGGGAAAUAGCUAUGCUUGGUUAUACUUGCCAAGGAAAUGAAUGGAGCCUCUUUAUGCUCUUUUCUUCUAAUUUUGUACUCAACAGGUACUUAAACUUGUUUUCAGUUGUUGGUUGCUUCUUUAUACAUGUAGAUCUGUAUUUAUAUCUCUGCUUUGGCCAAUGUCAGACUUCUUAAACUCACAAUUUCCCAUUAUUUUUGAAUUGGGAAACUGUUGAUCAAUCCAUGCUUAUUAACUACAAAAUGAUAAUGGUUUCCUAUCCAGGUUAAUAAGCAGAGGUUAAACUACAGUUCUCCAGAGCUUGGAAAAAUAAUUGGAAACGAUGUAAUGUGUAAGCAACCCACCAUAUCAGCGUGAAAACUGGGAGUGCAAGGAGAGGAGGAUAUGGGCAUGUAGUUCAUUCUAGGGUCCAUCCAUUUAUCAGUCAAAAUUCAUUAUGUCUGGAUCAAGCUCCUGUGUGUACAUGUUUAUAAAUCAGUAGACGGAACUGCUAAAAACAUGAAAUGGAAAAACAUUUGAUACUUUAUUCAUUUAUGUACAUAAUUUAUACUGUGACUUAAAAAAAAUACCAGUUUGGUCCCUGGCCUCAGGCUCACAGUCUAAAAAGACAUGACACAUAAGGAAAAAGCAAUAGGAGGGAGGAGGGGAAAGUAAAGUUAAAUCUUGGGGAGGGCAUAUAACUUCAGGUAUGAAUCUGUACACACAUAGUUAUAAUAAUUUGAAUAAUUUGAAGAUAGGUUCAUGAGGAGGAAGCAUAUUGGAGAACUGCAUUACCUGCAAGCUAUCAAAACCUUAAUUUAAAAAAAAUGUUAAUAGGAUUAACAACUAACAAAAAUUAAAGCUAACUUCAAUCUAUUGCUUUAAGAAUCUUAGAAUUUACUACAUUUUGAGAAGUAGAACCCGACUUUUAAAUGGUGAAUGGUUUCUCUGAUUGCUUCUUUUGUAACUCUUUAUAAUAUAUUGUUAAUGAAUAAUGGACCUUCAGGAUGAUGUUAAAUUAACUACCUCUAAAAUGCAGAUUGACACUUCCUAUCAACUUGUGUUACUGAAAGUCAAACUAAAAAUUUUAAGCUUUGCAAUGUUUACAAGAUUCUUUUCUGAGUGGCAAAGGUGAAAUUGUUGUUUGAUAAUCAUAUGUUACAGAUGCUCUGAAACUAAUUCAUACAAACUAUAUCCCUGGAUACAUCAGUUUAGCAAUAACAAGAGAUCUGCUGAUCAGAUACAGCCAGUUUAUUUCCCUGAUGUUGAUCCUCACAGUCUUCCUCCUGAUGCAAACUUUUCUAUGACAGCGGGAGAUUUUCAAGAAAUCUACUCUGAGUGUAGUAAGUAAGAAAAAGAUAACUAAUAUGCCUAUCCUUAAGAGAAAAACUGUAAAACAAAACUGAUUAUGUGACAGAUACUACUGUGUUUUAUUAAGUAUUUUAAUGCAAAGAAAAAUCAGUCCUUAUGUUGUAAAAUAAUUUUCUACUUCUUAUUUUUUUUUAAAAAAACUUUAAUAUGCCUUCCCCUGUAAGUUUAUCUUCUUUAAAUGUUUGUUUCCGCUGAUUCAAAAGUUAAGAAGGUGAAAUUGUUUACUAGAAGUUACUAGAAACAUGCACAGAUUGUUGUUUUUAGUUAACUGACUUGCUACAGAGGUUGUAAUUGAAGAUUAGGUGUCACCUAUUCCUCACUGAGAGUAAGCAGGGCAUAUUCAGUAAGCAGUGAACACUUGUGCUUAACCUCUCGAUGAGAGGCUGCAGCUAGAAUCACCGCUGAUCUUAGAAAAUUUGGGCUGCCCUUGCUGUGCAUUUUCAUGUCCUAGACCAGCUCUCUUGUCUGAAUACAAAGUCCAUCUAAUACCAAGGUCUAGAAGUCAAAUUAAUAUUUUGUAAAAGGGACUUUGCUUCAAGAUUACUUCUAUAUGAUUUACUUCUGUAUCAUUGGCAGUAUUAGCAUAUCAUUUGAAACCAUGGUUUAGUGUAGAGGUUACCAAUCCUUUUGGCUCAUUGAACUUAAGAAUGUAAGAGGAGCCUUCUGGAUCAGGCGAGUGGCCAAUCUAGUCCAACACCCUAUUCUCACAGUGGCCAACCAGAUGCCUGUGCGAAACCUGAAACCUGGACAUGGAACAACAGCAUUCUGCCCACCUGCAGUUCCCAGCAGUGAUAGCCUUUCUGAUAGCCUUUCUCUCCAUGAAUUUGAUGUGCAAAUGUGGCAUUUUUGUACAACUAGAGGGAGUUUUUUGGCCAGGGCUAGCCAACAUGCCUUCCCCCCAAGAUUUGAACUACUGUUCCCAUCAGUUUAAUGGGCCAUUGGUCAGGGAUGAUGAGAGUUAAUGCUGAAAAUACCUGGAAGACAACCAUGUUGGCUAUCUCUGUCUUAGGCCCAACGGAACAAAAAGCAAUAAAAAGUGAGUAAUAAUGUGAGAUCGCCUCAAUUUCUUUUGGAGGCAUGAAUAUAUGGUUCAGUUAUGUGUGACUCCCCCACUCCCUGCAAAAAAGCUGCUCCUCUGGAACACCGAUGCACUGCAAAGGGUUGCAGCUGGGGAAGGAAGAUGGAGAGGGAGGAACCUCCACUAAGCCAGGGGAAGUGCUUUUCUGAAAGUAUCUCUCAGUUCCAAACGUGCAGGUAACAAUGAGCAAUAAAAUAUUUAAAGCUAGAUUACUUUCUGUCUUUAUACAGAUAUAUGGGACUGCAUAGCAACCUGCUUCUUCAUAGACACGGCACAUAAUGUCAUAGACUACAUUGACACAAUAUGGAAAAUACUCAAACCAGGAGGAAUAUGGAUCAAUUUAGGUAACUUGCUAUUUUGUUGAGUAAUUGUAGCAGCAAAAACUAACGUUAGAACUAGAGUUUGUACAACUAAGGAGAAAAACUCAGCUUGAUCUGUACUUCUUGAACUAAGUGGAUUUUAAAUAUUAGACUUUUUCUCUUUUAAUGCCAAUCCUUUUCGUCAAAAUUUUCUCUAAAAUUGGACCCACACAGAUUCAACAAAAAGGAUGCCAAUGAGCAUAUGAGGUUUGGACUUGUUUGUUCCAUCCCGCAGGGGUUGGGGACCCAUUCAGAUAGUCUGCUCCUGGAGACUAAUGGAAUCCAAUGGAUUUCUGAUUGCUCUGUGGGAUUCUUUUGGUGGAUAGAGUGGGCCAAGCUUAAAGGUUCUGCUGUUACUAUAUGAAGCCCUAAGCAAAUUGGAAUCCGCCUACUUGAGAGACUUUCUUCUCUGUUAUUGACCUGCCUGGUCACAGAGAUCAUCUGAAGAGUUCUUCCACCAUCCAGGUGUUGUUAUAUGCUCCUGGGGUCUUUUUGGGGGUUAUUCAGAGCAGGGCCUUUAGUAAGGUGGCACCCUCUGUGGGAAACAUUCCUUCGAGAGCCAGUGUGGUGUAGUGGUUAAGAGCGGUCGUCUCGUAAUCUGGGGAACCGGGUUCGCGUCUCCGCUCCUCCACAUGCAGCUGCUGGGUGACCUUGGGCUAGUCACACUUCUCUGAAGUCUCUCAGCCCCACUCACUUCACAGAGUGUUUGUUGUGGGGGAGGAAGGGAAAGGAGAACGUUAGCCGCUUUGAGACUCCUUAAAGGGAGUGAAAGGCGGGAUAUCAAAUCCAAACUCUUCUUCUUCUUCUUCUUCUGCAUUUUAGACAUUCACUGAUGAUUUUCAGGUUUUUUAAAAUAAACAUCUUUGUUUAUACAAGUCUUCCAGAGGAGUGACAGCAGCCACAUUUUUUAUUUUGACCUUGGUGGAUUCCACUAGCUGUUCAUAGUCUGUGUUUCUUAAAAAAAUUAUACCCUGCUUUGGAAUUUUUUUAAAUGUUAAGUAGUUUAUAAGUAUAAAUAAAACAAUUAAAAACAAAAUCUAGAUUUAUAAUGUAGUAUUAAGAUGCAUUCAGUUCUGUCCUUGAUCUACAGUAGUUGUUUUAGGGUUGGCAGAAUUUAUGAGUGAGUAUCAGAUACAUUUGACAAGUUAAUUUUACCGACCUUUUCAUUGUAUCAUAGGUCCUCUUCUUUACCAUUUUGAAAAUUUAGCAAAUGAAUUAUCUAUUGAGUUAAGCUAUGAAGAUAUAAAAAGUGUUAUAUUGCAAUAUGGAUUCCAUAUAGAGGUAAGUAUUUUUCUGUUAUAUUAGCACACUAAGAAUAAUCUAAAACAUUCGCUAUUAGAUUUCAGAUAGUGCCCCACCAAAUUUUGCUUUCCGUCAGCUCUGUGUCAUUAAGAUGCGCUUUCAGUCAUCACAAAUACUAAUGCUGGUAUUGGGUGUUCAAGUGCCGCAAAACACCGCAGCCCAAAAUAAGGUAGUGCUUUCUGCAUAAUGGAUGCAGCUGCUUUAUCCAUAUUAUGCUGGUGUUGAAAUAUCUGGGUUGGCUGCCUGUUAGCUACCAAGCCAAGUUCCAGGUUUUGUUGUAGAAAUUUAAAGUCCUAAAAAGACUUGGGACCAGGAUUUAUUAAUGUUCCCGUAUCUUUUUUAUCCUUAUUAUUGCCCUGCUAUUUGUUGUUUUAAAACAAUAAAACAAUUUGGCUUUUGAUGUAUUGCUGCCUUUUAAUCUUUGGGUUAGAUCCAAAUUUAGUCACACAUAGGGUGGACCCACUGAAACCAAUAGGACUUAAAAUUAUAAUUACUAACUUAAAUCCUGUUGAUUUCAUUGGGUCUGUGCUAAGCAUGGCUAAGUCUGGAUCCAUACAAACAUAAGAAGAGUAAGCCGGGGCAAUGUAUCAAUACAUUGCUCAGGGCUGGUGUGAGGGGCAGACUGUGAAACUGACGUCGCUCCUGUGUCCCUCUGCUACCCGUGCUGCUGGUAGUAAAGGGACUCUGCUUUCAACAUUGGGCUGCUGGUAGUAAAGGGACUCAGGAGCAAACAGCAGGGACAUUGAGCCUCGCCCAGCUGAGGAGUGGGAACUUACUCGCCCCCCAGCUGAGUAAUGCAAACAAGUUGUGUUGUCCCAGCCCUCAGGGUGCUGGGGUGGAAGCACCUCUGUUCCUGCAGUGAGAGCUGCGGCAGUUUCACCCCACACCUCGCAGGCUGGGCCAAAGCAGCUUCUUGUUUCAGCACUGUGCUGUAUCACCAGAUCCGUGAUAUUUGGCUGGUGAUACAAUGCGAUAUUGAAAAUCUGACAUUGCCCAGCCCUAAAGAAGUGCCUGCUGGAUCAGGCCAAAGGCCCAUUUAGUCCAGUAUCCUGUUCUCACACUGGCCAACCAGAUACUUGUGCAAAAUCAGGGAGCAAAACAAGAGCUGAAGAAAACACUUCUUUUUUAUAUAUUUAUAUUUCAUUUGUUUUUGUACCUAUUGGAAAUUCUAUUGAAGGGAGGUAUACAGUGAGGGGAGAAAGUAUUUGAUCCCCUGCUAAAUUUGCCCAUUUGCCCCUGAUCUUGCAUGGAGCCCCAGACCGAGGGAGGUUGACAUUUUGUGUUUCUUCCAUUUGCGAAUUAUUGCACCAACUGUUGUCAUCUUCUCAUCAAGCUGCUUGGCAAUAGUCUUGUAGCCCAGUCCAGCCCUGUGCAGAUCUUGUCCCUGGCAUCCUUGGACAGCCCUUUGAUCUUGGUCAUGGUGGCUACUUUGGAAUCUGCUGGAUUGAUUGCUUCUGUUGACAGGUGUCUUUUGUACAGGUACUGUAAUGAGCUGGGAUUACAGGUACGACCUCUCCCUUACAGCAGGUGCUUCUAAUCUCAGCUCAUUACAUACAGUGAAGAUACCAGGUAGCCUGACAUCUGGCUGGUUGAUAGGGGAUCAAAUACUUAUUUCACUCAUUAUAAUGCACAUCCAUCUCUGACUUUUGUCCUCUGGGUUUCUGGAGGUUCCCUGUUGUUAUUCUGUCUCUCAUAGCUACAAUAAACUUACCAUUAAAAUUAUGGACUGGUCAUUUCUUCGUCGGGGGCAAAUUGGCAAAUUUAGCAGGGGAUCAAAUACUUUCCCCCCUCACUGUAUUAAUUUCUAUAAUAGCAGUAAUAAUAGCAUAUAUGAAUGAAAUGCCUACAAGGGUUUUCAAGAAAGUGUUGUUUAUUUUCAGGUGGAGAAUGAAUCUGUUUUGACCACAUAUACUGUGAAUGAGCUAUCUAUGAUGAAAUAUUACUAUGAAUGUGUGAUGUUUGUGGUUAGGAAACCAGGAAGCAGUGUCUGAAGUGGAUUAUCCAAGAAGAAAAAUGCACAGUGGCUUCUGGAAUUAUGACUGAACACAACCUCAUAUCAGUGGUGCCUUUUUAUUCAUCGCAGAAUGUAGCUCUGUUGUCUAUUUUUUUAAUCUAUCCUAUAAUCUCCAGAUGUGUACUUCUGGAUAUUUGUAUCUGCGUAAUGAACAUAGAGAGCAAACACUCCUGUAUCAUUUCUUCAAAUUCCGAUUGAUGUUUUUUUCUGAUGGGUAAUACUUUGCAAAUACCAUUAUUAACACUUGCAGUUCUCUGUAAGGUAUAAAAUGGUCUAUUUUUAAGUUUUCUUUGAAAUAAUAUCUAACGUCAUAUUGGAUACACAAUUCAUUUUUGGUCCCAUGUUGUACAGAAAACAAGACCACUCCUCAUCUUAGCAUAUUUAAAUACUAUUUGGGUGACUUUACUCCCCACAGGAAUUUUGAUCUUCUGCAGUCUGAUAAGCAGCAUCAUGUGAACUUGGUCUUCUACUUAUCAAACACUUGUAAAAAUGUAAAGAGUUUAUAAAAAUAACACGUGCAUUCAC